AGAUGUUAAUGUGAUUUCUGCGAACGAAGUGAACGCGCACUUAUCUUUAUGUCUCUUAACAUAUCACCGAGCUGUAUGUCCUGAGCGCCAUGAACGUUGUACACGUCACAUGUCAGAUGUUUCAAGCGGCCACUAUCGGAAUCUUCCUUACAUUGAACACAAUUUCCCCGAUCAAAUCGUCAAAAUUUAAUAAUGAUUAUAAUCCUGAAGAUACAUUCAAGACUAUUCAAACGUCCAUAGAUUCAAAAAUAGCCGAAAAUGGAUAUUUUGGAUCAUAUAUACAUCCGAAUCAACCGACUGCUGAAUUUUCUCAAUUACAAGGAAACAUUGAUGAAGAAAUAUCUGGUUUAAAUUUUAACUUUGACCAAGCUGAUAACGAUAAGUUUAAUUUGCCUCAAAAGCAAUCAGUACAACCCACUUUUUUGCUCAACUAUGAACCAUUAAGACCUUCAAACUUCAUAUCACCACAACCUUCACAUUACGCAAAUUAUCCUUUUGAUUUUCCAGAACAUCAAGAUGAUGGAAGCGAUGGUGGUGAUGGUGAUGAUGGCGGAGAUGAUGGAGGUGAUGGAGGUGGUGGUGGUGGUGGUGGUGUGGUGGUAAUGGAGGAGGUGGUGGUGGAAAUGGCGGUGGUGGAAUUAUGA